ACUCAAAUCCCAGCCUCUCUCUCAUCAUCAUCUCUCUCUCUCUCUCUCCUCUUUCUCUCUCACACAGUAUACCACCAUUAAUUCACACACACAUACAAAUUACAGAUAUCGACAAUGGCGUUGCAGCUGUACAGUGCAGCUCCAAGGAUCUCGGUGCUGCAAAAUCCUGUGUCUCAGGGGAUUAUCGCCGCCGCGAGGCAGCGCACCAUUGUCUGCGUCGCAGCUGAUUACGCCGGGCUGAAUCUGAGGACGAAAGACAGACGGCUGAGCGCCGGAUUCCGGAUCACGGCCAGUCAGGACGCCGCCGCCGCCGCGGCGGUGGCGGAAAUUGGCCAAGUGACGGAGGUGGACAAGGACACAUUUUGGCCGAUUGUGGCAGCCGCCGGCACUAAGACCGUCGUCCUCGACAUGUACACCCAGUGGUGUGGUCCUUGCAAGAUCAUUGCUCCAAGAUAUAAAGAACUCUCUCAGAAAUACGACGACGUUUUGUUCUUAAAGCUGGACUGCAACCAAGAUAACAAGCCGCUGGCGAAGGAACUCGGGAUUAAAGUUGUUCCAACAUUCAAGAUAUUGAAGGAUAAUAAGAUUGUUAAAGAAGUUACCGGAGCCAAAUUCGAUGAUUUAGUUUCUGCUAUUGAGCUUGUAAGAUCGACCUAAGAACCUUUUUUUUUAAUGGCAAUCUGUAAUUUCUUCUGUAAAAUCAUGAAGAUUUAAGUAUAUAUAAUGCAGCACUACUGAUCGGAUAAAAGGAAAUUUCAUCGUGUGUAACUCGACAUUAAUAGCAAAAUUACUCGCACGUA